ACCGAGAUGAACCACAAUUGAUCCACUUACCGCCAGACUGUACGACUAAAGACUUAUCUCCUAACACCACUCGCAGCAUUAGAAAUCAAAGAAUUCUUAUGAAGGGAAUAUUUGGACACCAUAGCUUGUGACAUGUAUUUCCAAACUCGGCACGAUCCAUGACCACGGAACUUUCGAUCAGCAAUCACGAUGUCUCUCAAAAACCAAAAUGUUCUGAUCACAGGCGCCUCCAUGGGCAUUGGCGCCGCGAUUGCCAAACGUCUUGCGUCCGAAUCUGCCAAUUUGAUACUUUUUGCACGCUCAGAAGACAAGCUCGACAGCGUGGCCCACGAAUGCAAGAGCAUGCAAUCAAGCAUCAAGGUGCAUACGACAAGCGUAGACGUCAGCGAUCACGAAUCCAUGAGAAAGGCAGUUUCAAACGCAGUAAACAAGCUGGGCCCUAUCGAUAUCCUUAUCAACAAUGCAGGCCUCGCUGUGGGUGCACCUAAUAGGUUUCCCGACUUGACGAUCGACCAGAUCACUACCAUGAGUGGUACCAACAUCAAUGGUUUUAUGUUCGCAACGUACGCAGCUCUUAAUGAGGGCAAGAUGAAGGAAAGGAACAUGGGCACAAUCCUCAAUGUCACUAGCGUAACUGGGCUCGAGGUCCCUCCCUUCCCUGGCGAGGCGGUAUAUCAUGCCAGCAAAGCGUUCCAGGAGGCUUUCAGCAAUGUUCUUAGGACGGAGCUUGUAGGGACGGAUAUCAAGGUCCUGGCAUUAAGACCGGGAGUUGUCGCAACAAACUUCCAUGAAUUACGUGUUGGUUACGACAAGGGUCAAUAUGACAACUUCAUGGAUGGCUUUGAGCCACUUAUCGCAGAGGACAUUGCGGAGGGUACAGUAUUUAUGCUGAAUCAGAAGGACAGGAUCAGUGUCAAGUCGUUAGAUAUUGUCCCUACUGCGCAAAGGAGCCUGCAGGUCAUCGAUAAAACGUGGAAUGAGAGAGGUGGAAGGAGGAAGAAGACGGAACUGUGAUUUAAGAGCAUACGGAUGCUUCAGUAGUCGCAAAAGUCUCAUAAAGCAUGGCACGUGAACACUGUUCAACACGGAAAAUACUCAACCUUGUCCCCAUGGCACGUUUGUAUUCGGGUAACCGCCCCAGCCUAUGACAAGGCCACGAGAUACAACCUCCUUGUUAAAGACGCGUAUAUUGAAAAUUGAAAAACGACGUAACUUUCGAUCAGCGCGCUAGGAAUCGUGUAUCUAGACCUAAGAAGAGAGGCAACAAUGGAUCAAGCUGGAAGAACGCCACAGGAGCUGCUGCGCCACAGAAGCCACAGCGCUCGGGCCCGCUUUCCAGCUCGUCAUCUCUGAUUCGUC